GGCAGACGGUGUCUAUCCAACUCUGUCACUCGCGUAACCAAAAGCAUUCGAAAUGUCUUUAAGCAAUUUUUUAAUGAAAAGCGGCUUAAACAGUGGCAACUGUCUCCGCGGAACAAUUAUCCCGGUCGUUCUCAAUAAUCCAGAUAGGCGUCAUGGGCAUACAUUACGUGGCAAACCGCCUGGAGUGGCUCGCACUCUGGAGCAGCGACUGAGAGAUGAGACAGCUAGCGAUCCUGAAGUAACGGCUCGUGUAAAUAUUGGUUUUCCACAGCUUAAAGGAUCGCGAUCGGAACAACUAAAGAACCGCUUGAAACAUCUGAAAGCCCAGCGUUCCAAUAAAGAACUCGAGCAAUUGGCACGGAGUAACAAACUGCUAAUUGAUCUGGAUCAGGUGCAGGAGGCAUAUACAAAGACAACAGGGCAACAUGAUUUACGCCUGCUGGCGGAUCAUUAUGGCAUCUAUGGUGAUCUUUUUGGUAGCGCUUACUUUGUACCCCGUGUGCCACUCCAAAUAAAUUAUGAACAGGAAAACGUUCUCAGCCCAGUCUACAACGGCAAUGUGAUCAAACCAUCGGAGGCAACUAAGGCGCCAGUAGUUAGUUUCGAUGGUCAGCUUGAUCCUAUUAGCGGCAAGCAGACAAGCAAUUCAGAGAAUUACUGGACAUUGCUGCUCACCAAUCCGGAUGCACACUACACUAAUGGGGCCAAGGAAUGUGUUCAUUGGUUCAUUGGCAACAUUCCCAAUGGACACGUGAGCGAGGGUGAGGUAUUGGUUAAUUACCUGCCACCAUUUCCGCCCAAUGGUGUGGGCUAUCAACGUAUGGUCUUUAUACUUUAUAAGCAACAGUCUCGCCUGGAUCUAAGUGCAUACCAAUUGGCCACAUCCGACUAUGCUAAUCUUGAGAAGCGUCUCUUUAGUACUCUUGACUUUUAUAGCCAGCAUCAGACCAACUUAACGCCAGCGGGCUUGGGAUUCUAUCAAACUAAUUGGGAUGAGUCGCUGACGGGGCUCUAUCAUGAUGUGCUUAAACUCAAAGAGCCCAUUUAUGAGUAUGAUUUCCCUAAACCAUAUCUGGCCGAUCAGAAAUUCUUCCCACUGAAACAGCCAUUCAACCUGUAUAUGGAUAAGCAUCGCGACAUUAAAGAAGUGAACAAGGAGUAUUUGCAACGAAAACUGGCCAAAACGCAUCCCUUCGAUGGUCCCGAGCAGCCAUUGCGCUACCCCAAUGCACAUCCCAUAAAGGGUGUACCCUCGUGGCUAAAGACCGAAGUGCGUAAACAACGUUUGGGCAUGGGUCGUGUCCAGGAUUACUAGAGAAGAGAAGUCGUUGGUGGAGAUCUGUUAGAAAUACUGUUUAUUGUUUUAGUACGUUUAUUUUGGUUAACAAGAAAGUAAAUAUUGUACGUAUAAACUAA